CUCGCCGCCUGCUCUGAAGUUAUAAACAGACACAAACACAAGCAUGUGCCGCGUCAAUAAUGCACCAGUGGUGGUGCUGAUGCUUCCCUUCCCUGCGCAGGGCCACCUGACUCCUCUCCUCCAUUUCUCCCGGCUCCUCGCCCUCCGCCGCCUUCCCGUCGUCUUCCUCGGCUCCUCCGCCCAUAACCGGCAGGCCAAGCUUCGGCUGCAGGGCUGGGACUUGGCUUCCUUCCCCGCCAUCUCCUUCCACGACCUCCCCCUCCCUGCCUGCCCGAUACCCGACCCGGACCCCGAGUCCGCCGUCAAGUUCCCUGCGCACCUCCAGCCCAUGUUCGAUGUCUCGGAUCGUGUCCGGGACCCGCUGGACCAAUUGCUGGCCAAACUCUCGGCUUCGUCCAGGCGCGUCGCCGUCGUGCACGACCCGCUCAUGUCCUUCGCCGCGGAACUCGGGUCCAAGUACCCCAACGUUGAGGCCUUCGCCUUUAGGUGCGUCAGCGCCUUCUCCUCCCUUUCUUUCCAACUCAACCAGCAGAAGGAUCCAAAGCGUGUCAGACCGGACCUGGAUCUGGUUUCGCCGGAGGGCUGCUUCACCAAAGAGUUCCUCGAGUUCGUCCGCCGGCGCCACCAUGGCGUCCCACUGACCAAAGGAGAAAUCUUCAACACGCUCGAUGAGACGGAAGGAGAGUUCGUCGGGAGGCUGUCGAAGAUGCCGCAGUAUAGGAACCGAAGAAUAUGGGGCAUAGGACCCAUCUUCCCGAUCCAAUUGGAGAAGAGUUCGGGUCCGAAACCGGAUCUGUUAAAUUGGCUGGAUAAGCAACCCGAAAGAUCGGUUCUGUAUGUGUCGUUCGGGUCGAUCUCGAGCUUGUCAUUGGCUCAGAUCCACCAGCUGGCCCUUGGGCUGGAGCGCAGCGGUCAGAGGUUCCUGUGGGUUCUUCACUGCGCGGACCGGGGCGAUAUCUUCAUGAAAACGCCCGAUCCAGAAAUCCGUUUGCCCGAGGGGUUCCAGAAGCGGGUCGCCGGGUCCGGUCUGGUGGUCAGGGGGUGGGCCCCACAGUUGGAGAUAUUGAGCCACGGCGCGGUGGGUGGGUUCCUGAGCCACUGCGGCUGGAACUCAUGCAUGGAGAGCCUGAGCUUGGGCGUGCCCCUAGCCACUUGGCCGCUGCACUCGGACCAGCCGGCCAACGCGCAGCUGGUGACCGAGGUGCUGAAGGUAGGGGUGGUGGUCAGGCAGUGGACUGGGGCAGGGGCAGGGGCAGCGGAGGAGGUCGUGGCGGCCGAAAGGAUCGCGAGCGCCGCCAGGCGGCUGAUGGCGGACACAGCCGAGGCUAUAGAGAUCCGAAAUAGGUCGGCGAAGCUGAGGGAUGCAGCUCGGCGAGCCUGGGCUCGGGCUGGGUCGUCCAGCACAGCCUUGAACUCUUUUGUGGAAUUGGUAACCAGGGCAUAGUGCCUUGCUGCAAGCUUUAGCCGACAACUAAACAGCCAAGAGCUCGGGCCGACCCGGUCCAGUGCAAUUUGUUCCUAUACCAUUUGUGAAUUGUUCGUCUCGCAUGUGAUUAAGUUCGUGAUUGAUCUAUGGAUCAAUCAUGUACAGGAAGAUCUAUUGCAUAUGCAGCAAUAAUCUGAACAAAUUAAGGAUUGUUAAUUAAAUA